AUAUCUAUUUAAAGCCGCUGAAUUUCAAAAUACUGAACAUCAUCUGACAUUUAACGGCGUAAUUCUGCUUUCUAAAUUUAAUUUCAUCAUUGAUGCCAAGUGUUAAUUUCCAGUGAAGUUGACGUAUGAGAGAACAUACACGAAAAUGACAAGGUACUAAUGUCCACGACAGGAGAUAAAAGAAAGAAGGACAGUAUAGGAGCCAGCUCGAAGAGAAAGAAGAUUCGGAAGUCGCUAAGCUGGCGGGAGAGUAAGGAGGCCAUCAAACAGGAUUUAGAGAAAUUCUUCCAGGAGAGGUUCUCAAGAGGUGAUAAGAUGGAGCGCAAACGAGAGAAGGUUGUAACCGAGAUCUUCGCUUCGGAAAGGCGCUACCUGGAACAGCUGGAUAUCAUUAUCACUCAUUUCAUAAAACCACUGAGACAAUCACGUAUAGUGCCCGAGAACGACAUCCGUAUCAUGUUCGGGGACAUCACCGCCAUCCAAGCAAUCAACAAAGAACUCUUAGCUCACAUGGAAGAAAUGAGUAUCGGAGAGGCGUUCCUGCAGCUCGCACCAUACAUCAAGCUUUACUCCACCUAUGCUAAUAACUUUGAGAAGGCCAUUGACCUUUUGCAGGAAUGGGAAAGCAAGGCCGCUAACUUUGUAAGGUUUCUACGAGAGACGGAGAAGAAAGAUAAAUGCCGAAGUCUGUCUUUGCACGCUCUUCUCAUCACGCCGAUCCAAAGAGUUCCAAGAUACAAACUUUUACUCAAGCAACUCUUAGACCACACCCCAUCCAGCCACCAGGACUACACAAAAAUAAAAGAUGCCCUUCAAAACAUCUCAGAAGUAACUCAUGGCAUCAAUGAAUAUAUCAGAGAACAUGAGAACUUUCAGAAGAUGCUGGAUAUCCAGAAUUCCAUCGGUGGCAAGGCUCCUAAACUCAUCAUUCCUGGCCGGAAAUUCAUCAAAGAGGGACCGUUAAUGAAGGUCACUAAGAAUGGGUCUGGUUCCCACGAACGCAUGUUCUUCCUCUUCUCCGACAUCUUGAUCUAUGCCAAGCAUAACAUGAGCCUAGAGCGUCCUCUGUUGGCCAAGCCUUACACAUGUUCGUCUGUGAUCAAGCUUGAGGAUUGUAAGGUGGACCUCGUCCUUGGUGAGCAGAAAAUAGACGGAGCAGGGGCCCUAUUCAAGCUUUCAUACAAUGAGGAUCAUCUUCUGUUAUACUCCACCGACAACGCUGAAGCUUUAUCCUGGAUCGACAAACUUCAAGGCGCAAUCGAAACCCACAAGAGAAACCGCGCCUCUCUGAGAACGCCUUCUGUCCUGGAGAAACGCAAAGAGGAGGCAUUCACACGUGACGCUGGUCGGACGCCGUUCAGAGCGAGCAUGAGAAUUCGCAAUAUCCGUAGGAAACAUCAACUCGCCAGCGACAUGGUCUCUCAGGGGACAUCUCCUUCAGUGACAAAUAAAGACCUUCUUUACCCCAUGAGGAAAGACAUCCUGAAAAUGAGCGACAAGAAGGCUGGUAGCUCAAGGAGAUCAGUAUCAUCGCCACCCUUGAUACGGAGAAGUGCCUCUAGACGAUAUCCUCUGAGACACCAUGCAACACCGCAACCAAUAGCACCACCAAGGCACAGGGGAGUCUCCAAACGACCCAAGUCUCUUCCUCCUCAGCUGUCCAAGAAGAAAGUCAGGAGACUCCAACAUCAAGGACCACGCCCACUCAACAAGAAGAAAGCAGUAGAUCCUGAAAUGACCGUUUAUGAAGAUGCCCUUGGUCACGAUGAGGUAGGGCACGAAGACAAUCACGAUAACACCCUCUACCAGACGGCCAUCGCUGAAGAGGAAACACAUACCGAGAUCUACCCUUUGACCCCGAGCAAGGAACGUACCACGAGCUACCGUAGGGGGGAACAGUUUCUACAAGAGAUGCCACCCCUCACACCGGCUCAAAAUGGAGAAAGUCAGUGUAUAAUUCUAUGAGAUUAAAACGAGAAAAAAAAAUGAAUAAAGAGGGUGACUUGAUUUGUGCCAUUUUAUCUAAAAUCUCCGGGGGGUCUGUCAUGUUUAGAUGGACACCAUGCCUGUCACUGAAGUUUAAAAAAAGGACUCUAAGUUAGCAAUCUUGCUUCAAUGACAGAAAACCCUAAAUAAGUAUUUUUUUUUCAUGUUUUCCCCACCUAAAUAAUGUCUCAAAUAUUCUAUUUUCAUGAUAGGGAGAACUAAAAAGUAUACAAUUUUUUUCUAAUUUCGGCAAAUUUGUUACCCUUCACACACUGCAGUCGCAUACAUCG